GCUGUCCUCCUCUCCCCACCCCACUCCACUCCACUCCACUCCGCCACCGCUUCUUCUCCUCUCCAUUCCAUCCAGCUCAAGAACUCUCGAAUCCCCACCCGCAUUGCUGCUCGCGUUCGCGCCGGAUUGUGUCUGGUUUGUUGGUGUUUUUUUUGUGUGGGUUUUUUGGUGGUGUUAUGAGAGUGGUGCGAUGAGGAAGGCGGUGUUAGUGGCGGUGGUGGUGGUGUGGGUGGUCGCCGGCGGCGGCGAGGCGGCGGUGGAGGUGGACCCGGCGUGGAGGUUCCCGAGCGCGCGGCUGCGGGACGCGUACGUGGCGCUGCAGACGUGGAAGCAGACGGCCAUCUUCUCCGACCCCAAGAACCUCACCGCCGACUGGGUCGGCCCCGGGGUGUGCGGCUACACCGGCGUGUUCUGCGCGCCGCUUCCGGGGGCGCCGCGUGGGGAGGUGGCCGUCGCCGGGGUGGACCUCAACCACGGCGACAUCGCGGGGUACCUCCCGCCGGAGCUCGGGAUGCUCACCGACCUCGCGCUGCUCCACCUCAACUCCAACCGCUUCUGCGGCCUCGUCCCGGCCACCCUCCGCCGCCUCCGCCGCCUCCACGAGCUCGACCUCAGCAACAACCGCUUCGUUGGCGGGUUCCCCGCCGUCGUGCUCGAGCUCCCGGCUCUCAGGUUCCUCGACCUCCGGUACAACGACUUCGAGGGCUCCGUCCCGCCGCAGCUGUUCGACCUCCCGCUCGACGCCAUCUUCCUCAACCACAACCGCCUCCGCUUCGAGCUCCCCGACAACUUCGGCAACUCCCCCGUCUCCGUCAUCGUCCUCGCCAACAACGACUUCGGCGGCUGCCUCCCGGCGAGCCUCGGCAACAUGUCGGCCACGCUCAACGAGAUCCUCCUCAUCAACAACGGCCUCAGCUCCUGCGUCCCGCCCGAGGUCGGGAUGCUCCGGGAGGUCACCGUGUUCGACGUCAGCUUCAACUCGCUCGCCGGCCCGCUCCCGCCGGAGGUGGCCGGGAUGCGGAAGGUGGAGCAGCUCGACGUCGCGCACAACCGCCUCUCGGGCACCGUGCCGGAGGCGGUCUGCGGCCUCCCCCGACUCAAGAACUUCACCUUCUCCUACAACUACUUCUCCGGCGAGCCGCCGUCCUGCGCGCGCGUCGUGCCGGCCGACGGCGACCGCCGGAACUGCCUGCCCAACCGCCCCGCCCAGCGCAUGCCGCAGCAGUGCGCCGCGUUCUACGCCCUCCCGCCAGUCGAUUGCACCGCGUUCCAGUGCAAACAGUUCGUCCCCUCGCCGCCAUUGCCGCCACCUCCGCCGCCCGCAUACCCCGGCCCAUUGCCGCCGGUGUAUCCCAUCCCAUACGCGUCGCCGCCGCCACCUCCGCUUUACCGAUGAUUCUUUCACAAGAGAAGCAUUGUCACCACCACCACCACCACCAGCACCACCACCUCCCCACCUCGCCGGCGAGCUGGAAGAGACAAUUGAGCUCGCCGUCACAACUGUACGUGGUCAAUUGUUGUGCUUACAAUAUUAGAGUUCUUGAUUGAUGAUAGCUACCGGCGUAAACAAGAGUAAACUACCAUACAUAUCACUAGUUGAUUUUGCAAUUGUUGGUGUCUGUUCUCGGUGUCGUCAUCGUCAUCAUCAUUGUCGUCAUCGUCAACCGGCUUGAAAUUUUCGCAGUGAUGGCGAAAAGGAUCGGAGGUAGGUGAUGGGGGGAGCAAUCUGAGCUUUAGAUUUAUGGCUAAUUGCGAUAAUUGGGUUGUGAAUAAUAAGCUGUUUGAGAGACAGGGUAAGGUGAUGGGGAGGAUUAUUGGUGUGUUUUCACUAUUAUUAUUAUUGUUAUUAUUUCGGGUGUAUAGAGUGAAGCUUUGAUGGUUUCUUCUUCAGUGAAGCUUCAGCUGAGAGCCGGGGAUAUGUUUUUAGAUGAAGAUAUCUUUCCUAAUUAAAUUACUUUUGUACCACAGCUACUUACUGUUAUUAUUCCAUUAUUAUUAUUAUUA